CUUGUCAUUGGCGUUUGAACUUUUAUUUUGGAGGGGUGCUGUGACGUCAUAAGGCUGUGCUUCGCUCCUCCGUCUGUGAUUCGGCUGAAAGUUUCCCAGGUGAAGAACCUUAGAUCCAUGUGAUACACGAUUAUCAAGAUGAUGUUUAUUAAAGAGGAGAGUGAAGACUUCAGGAUUGAAGAAGUAUUCAGUCUGAAACAAGAAGAGACUGGGGAACAAACAGACCUGAUUGAGGAGAGUCAAGAGCUGAAUGAUUUGGAAAAGAAAAAGCAGAAUGAGAAAGAUCAUGAUUUAAAAAUUGGGAAAAAGAUGGAAUCUAACAGUUUUUUAAUCUGCAGUCUUUGUGGAAAGAGUUUCAAUCGAAAACAGAACCUUGCGCUCCACAUGAGAGUUCACACUGGAGAGAGACAUUUUAUCUGUAAACAGUGUGGAAAGAGUUUCACUCAAAGUGGAAACCUUAAAAUUCACAUGAGAAUUCACACCGGAGAAAAGCCUUAUAAUUGCUCUCAGUGUGGACAGAGAUUUACAAAUAAAGGCAACUUAAUUUACCACAUGAGAACUCACAGUGAAGAGAGCUUGUUCACCUGCCCACAGUGUGGGAAGAAUUUCCCUCAAAAACAAAACCUGAAAGUCCACAUGAGGAUUCACACUGGAGAGAAGCCUUACAUUUGCACUCAGUGUGGAAAGGGUUUUACUCAUAAAGGCAACCUUAGUUCCCACAUGAGUACUCACACUGGAGAGAAGCCUUAUACUUGCUCUCAGUGUGGACAGAAAUUUUCACAUAAAUGCAACCUUAAUUCCCACAUGAGCACUCACACUGGAGAGAAGCCUUACACUUGCAUUCAGUGUGGAAAGAGUUUUGCUCAUAAACCCAGUCUUAAUAAACACAUGCUAAGUCACACAGGAGAGAAGCGGUUCGCAUGUGCUCAAUGUGGAAAGAGUUUUGCUCAUAAACACACUCAUAAUAACCACGUGAGAAGUCACACAGGAGAGAAGCGGUUUGCAUGUGAUCAAUGUGGAAAGCGCUUCACAACAGAACUAAGCCGUAGAUACCACAUGACCAUUCACACCGGAGAGAAACGGUUCUUAUGUGGUCAAUGUGGAAGGAGUUUCACGCAUAAAGUAAGCCUGAAAUACCACACAAGGACUCACUCAGGAGAAAAAUGUUUUAUAUGUCAUCUGUGUGGAAAGAGUUUUAGUCUUGAAUGUGGUCUGAAAAAUCAUAUGAGAGAUCACGCUGAAGAGAAUUCCUUCACCUGCAAACCUGACUGAACGUUCAUUGCUGCUGAGUGUGAACCAAAUCUGAUUGUACACCUUUUAUUUUCAACAUUCACCUCUAUCUACAUUAUCCACCUAUGUUAUCUUGAGGCUACAUCUGACCAUCUCCUUUGCUGUAGUUUCAAGUAAUAAGCAUUUAUAUUUACAUUAAGUCCAAAUGAACUUAGAAAUUGUAAGCAACAUUUAUUUAAAUAAAAAAUUCAAUAAAAAAGGAAUAUUGAACAAGUGUGUGUAUACAGUGGGGCUUGAAAGUUUGGGCACCCUUUGCAGAAUCUGUGAAAAUGAGUAAUUUUCAAAAAAUAAGAGAGAUCAUACUAAAUGCAUGUUAUUUUUUUAUUUAGUACUGUCCUGAGUAAGAUAUUGUACAUAAAAGAUAUUAACAUUUAGUCCACAUAACCCCACUCAAAAGUUUGGGAACCCUUGGUUCUUAAUACUCUGUGUGGUCACCUGAUGAUCCUCGACUGUCUUUCCGUUUUGUGAUGGUUGUGCAUGAGUCCCUUGUUUCUUCUGAACAGUUAAACUGAGCUGCGUUCUUCAGAAAAAUCCUGAAGGUCCUGCAGAUUCUUCAGUUUUCCAGCAUCUUUGCAUAUUUGAACCCUUUCAAGCAGUGAGUUUAUGAUUUUGAGAUUCAUCUUUUCAGACUGAGGACUUUUGAGGGACUCAAACAUAACUAUUUAAAAAGAUUCAAGAAUUCACUGAUGCUCCAGAAGGAAACAAGAUGCAUUAGGAGUUGGGGGUUGAAAACUUCUGAACACGAUGAAGGUGGCCAAAUUUGUCUUAUUUGGUUGAAAUAUAAUUUUUUUUUCCAUUUAGUUCUGCCCUUCGUUAGCAACAAAAGAUACUUGUAUGUUUCCCCCCAGCUCUUACUUAACGUUUGAGGAGAAGUUCUACAGAAGGAGGCUCCAGCACUAGUGAUGGGAAGUUCGGAUCAUUUUACCAACUCAGACUUUUGAGUCUCGUUCAGCAAAAUGAACAAAUCUUUUUUUCGAGUCAUUUCGUUCAUUUUAGCAAAAUCCCAGCCAACAUGUCCAUGUGGGCCCCACAUGGGAUUUAUCUGGGCUAUGUGGGUUUCAACUGGACAUGGGCUCAGAGUGGGCACUUUGAUGGGCUGAAUGUGGGCCCCAGCUUGGGUACAAUUGUGGGCCCCAGUUAGGCUGCCCAUUAUUGUUUAUUUGUGGGUCCCAGAUGGGCCACAUUUGGGCUAUAUUAGGAUAUAUUUAUAGUUACAUUAUUUAUUUAUUUUUAUUUUGCUAAUUAUUUAUUUUUAUGCAGUUAUGUGUAGCUAAAAAAGCUAACAAUUAAAUUGAUUUAAUUGUAUGCCUUUUAUGUUUUAUAUCAUUUAGGGUAAUAUCAUAAUGUAACAAUCCAAGAUUUUAUUUUAUUUAUAAGUAUCUCAAAGUUUUUUUAUCUUCUUAUAAUCUAAAAGCACCUGUGUUAUGCAUCAAUGAGUCUUGCGAUGAUUGGUGAUGGCAAGUGCACUUCGUCUUGGCGCAAUAAUAUCUUCACUCGUGAAAAAUCCUGUCACGGACCCCCGCUCCCUCUAGUGAAGAUAUUACUGCGCCAAGACGAAGUGCUUACAAGCACUUGCCAUGGUAUUCCGCCACACAAUAUAGUUAUCCAUUUUACAUGCUUAGAAAAGCGCAACGUUUUGUUUUGUGUUACCGUCCUAGAUCGAGUUACACUACGCGAGUAACUGUAUUUAAAUUGGGAAAACGUGGAGGUGUUUGGUAGCUUCUCUGCUUGGCCCAUAUUGAAUGAAUGGGCUAAGCUAAGUGCUUUCAAAGUGUCACCGCGCGCCAAAGCGAUUGAGUGCACGCACUGAGACUAGAGAGGUAUGUAUCAACUCGUCUUAGUUAAGGGAAAAACAUAGUUUAAUAUGAAAACACGUUGGAGUAUCCCUUUAAUACCUUUAUAAUGUAUUAUAAAUAUGGGCUUAAUAGAAAGUGUUACCAUGUUUUUAUCCUGUUUUAUUUUGUUUUACCAAAUAAAAAAUGUGUUUUAGA